GGCGAAAGAGCGCAUCGGGGAGAAGCCCCAGUGGUUGCCAGCUGGAGUUGUCCGCUCCGGCUUGUGAAAAUACCUUUGCUCCCCGCAAAAGAACUCCAGCCCUUUGCAAGCCUCUGAUCCGGGCAGCUCUUGGCUUUAACAAGAGAGAAUUGGCGGGAGAAUACCUUUACGGCGAUCUCGGAAGCCGCGUUGGAGUACAGAACGAAGAUGGAGGAGCGAACCGCAGCUGGCCAUGACGCUGUUGAGAUUGGGAGCCGUGGGACAUACAGGGAAAGUCUGCCCCAGAGAUGCCGGGUGUGACGAUGCCAGCUCGAUGACCACCGGCAGCGCUUCAGAGGGUUACUCUACCAGGAGGCCAAGGGACCCCGAGAGGUUUGCAGCCGACUCCACAGUCUCUGCCGUCGGUGGCUGAAGCCAGAAAGGCUCACCAAGGCCCAGAUGCUGGACCUGGUGAUCUUGGAGCAGUUCCUGGCUGUCCUCCCCCCGGAGAUGGAGAGCUGGGUCAGGGAGUGCAGAGCGGAAACCAGCUCCCAGGCGGUGGCCCUGGCAGAAGGCUUCCUCCUGAGCCAGGCGGAGGGGAAGAAGCAGGGAGAGGAGAAGCAGGUGCCGCAGUCCCUCCUGCAAGCAGUCGCUGAUUCCCUCGAGUCAGAAAAAGACGUUCCCAAUGGCUGCAAGAAGUCACUCUGGGUGGGAAUCGCGCCAGAGAUUCGGACUCAAGAUGUGUCGCAGGCAGGCAAUGGGGUGUUGUCCCCGACCUUCUCCGAAUCGUCCCUCAUUUGUGACAGAGCAACAGCAACAGCUUCUGCACCGUCGACUCGGGGUCCCAUGGCCUUGAGGAGGUGGCCGUGUGUUUCACCGAGGAGGAGUGGGCUCUGCUGGAUCCAGGCCAAAGGGCUCUGCACGGGGAAGUGCAACUGGAGAAUUAUUGGAACGUGGCCUGUCUGGAAGGUGAUGAGUGGGAGCAUAAGACUGAUGAAGGCACAUAUGGAGAGUCAUUGGAAAGGAACAAGAAUCUAGAGAUGGAAGAUGAGAUUG